AGGUAAUAACUUCAAGACAAGAAAACAUGGCACCAAAACCAGAUCUCUCAGAUACCAGGAAGGACUCAAAUCAAUAUUCAACAGAUGCACAGUCAUCAGUCAAGAAGAAAACUAAAUGUAUCAGUGGCUUGAAGGAAAAAAGAAUGAAGACAUUUGUCCUGAGCUGCCUUCUUCUCCACUGUUCCUGAUCUCAUAUUGCAUAUAGACUUCUGCCACUAUCUCUUGCAUAAUAUUUGUCUCACAUGAUAAGAUGUUCAUAAUAGCGCUGUCAUUUAGUUUUAUUUGCAAAUCACUUGCAGUAAUUGUUAUGAAAAGUUCCAUCCCUCAGAUAGAAAGAAGAUUUGGGACAACAUCCUCUGAAGUUGGUUUAAUCGAUGGAAGCUUUGAAAUAGGCAAUUUAAUGGUGAUAACCCUGGUAAGUCAUUUUGGAGCCAAAUCACACAUUCCACGGAUAAUUGGAAUUGGAUGUUUUGUUAUGGGAAUUGGAAGUAUUUUAACUGCAUUACCUCACUUCUUCAUGGGAUAUUACAGGUAUGACACAACAUUAAAUGUUAAUCCACUUGAGAACUCAACAGCAAGCUACAUUCCUUGCUCAAUUGAUCUCAAUUCAACUUUCCAUAACAAAUCAUCUGUACUUUUAGAAUCAGGUUGCAAAAAAGAAUCUGGUUUACCUAUGUGGAUAUAUGUGCUGAUGGGAAAUAUGUUACGUGGAAUUGGGGAAACUCCGAUUACACCCCUUGGACUCACAUACAUUGAUAAUUUUGCUAAAGAAGGACAUUCUACUUUUUAUAUAGGCAUUUUACAAUCAUUGUCAAUGAUUGGCCCAGUAAUGGGUUUUCUUCUGGCAUCAUUAUGUGCAAAACUGUAUGUGGACAUUGGGUAUGUAGAUCUAAGCACUAUAACAAUAAAGUCAACUGAUUCCCGUUGGGUUGGUGCUUGGUGGCUUGGAUUUCUCUUAGUGGGAAUCCUUAGUAUUGCUUCUGGGAUACUAUUCUUUUUCAUUCCUAAGAGUCUGGAGAAACAAACAAAGGAAAGGAAAACUCCAGCAUCUUUGGAUGUAUCUAGUACCAAUGAAAGUAGGUGCCAAAGGACAAAUUUUAAAAAUCUGGAGAAAACCAAGAAGCCUAAAGAUUUGGCAGGUUUUUUCUACUCCUUGAAAUGUCUCCUUAGUAACUGGAUGUAUGUUACCUACUUGAUUUCAUCAUUGUUUACCUUUAGUAGCUUUAUUGGGUAUAUUACUUUUAUUUCAAAAUUUUUAGAACAGCACUUUGACCAGUCACUGUCAAAAUUGAACUUUUUACUUGGAGUAAUAUCAAUGCCUGUUAUUGGUAUUUCAGUUUUUUUAGGAGGAUUUAUUUCUAAAAAAUUAAAAUUGAGAAACCUUGGAAUUGCCAAAUUAUUCUUCAUUACUCACAUUUGUGCUGUUUCUUUACAAAUACUACUUAUGUCAUUCAACUGUGAAAGAAGACCAAUAGCUGGCUUAACAGUAACUUAUGAUGGGAAUGACCCAAGGACGUAUCCUCAAAAUACCCCGUUUUCUCUCUGCAACUCAGAUUGCAAUUGUGAUGCCAAUGUCUGGGAUCCUGUCUGUGGGGACAAUGGACUCACUUAUAUAUCCCCCUGUUUGGCUGGUUGUAAAGCUUCAGUAGGCCGUGGAAAGGACAUGGUCUUUCAUAACUGUAGCUGUAUUGAAGCUAACAAUUUCCAAUCCAGAAACACCUCAGCUCAUUUGGGUCAGUGCUCAAGAUCAGAUGAUUGUUCAAGAAACUUUAUUUAUUAUAUGGCAGUACAAAGUUUGAGCUCUUUCAUUGGAGGAUUGGGAGGUUCCCCUAGACUUAUGAUGGUUUUUAGUAAUGUUGAGCCUGAACUGAAAUCACUUGCAAUGGGUUUCCAUUUACUGGCUUUGCGAGCAGUAGGAGGAAUUUUAGCCCCCAUUUAUUUUGGAGCAGCAAUAGAUUCAUCAUGUCUGAAAUGGGGCAAAAAUAAAUGUGGAAGUAAAGGAGCUUGUAGAUUAUAUGACUCCAUAUCCUAUAGAAACAUCUUCUUUUCCUUAUAUUUAGGGUUAGAAGUACCAGUGUUCAUCUUAUAUAUCAUAUUAUACAUGAUGAUGAAGAAAAAAUAUGGAGAAAACAACACUGGAUCUUCUAAUAGUGGGGGAAUAGAUGUUGAUGAAUCAAACCUUAAAGAGCCUCUAAAAAGUAACAAAGAGUUUGCACCCCUUGUUCAUGAGGACAGUGAAACACACAUUUAAAAAAAGGUUGUAUUUGUUCACAAUCAAGAUUCCUUUACUUCUUGAAUGAGAUCCAAAAGCAUCAGGAACCAAAAUGUCAGCUAAAAGCAGAUAUUUGAUUUGAUUACAAUAAUCUUUUUGAGCUGAAACUGUUUGUUCUUUUCACUACACUUUUUUCUUUUAGAACAUUAAUUAGGGAUAUGGAAGUGAUAAUGACACAAAACCUAAAUGAAAAAAGAGGUGGUAGAACAUGUCAUGCUGCAGUAUAGUUCUGUGAUUAUGAUGAAAGCACAUUGUUCACAUAUCAUUGAAAACUAAAAUAACUUGUGGGAUUUAAUAAAUAAUUGGAAGAAAAA